CUCUUCUCUCUCCCCUUUUUGCUUUUUCUUCAAUCGUCCUCUUUCUUUUUCAGCAAAGGAAAAAAUACACACACAUACUCGUACAACAACAAACCCAAAGAAACCCUAUCAUAAAGAGAGAAAAUACACAAAAUGUAUAACGGUGAUUUCGACGAUGAAAACCCUUUUUCACCUGGAUUUUUCGGUAGCUUGGGUCACCCUAUAUCUGGCUUGAUGAAUCCUAACCGAGGCUUUUCUGAAUUCUAUCGUUGCUAUCCGAUCGCAAUGAUGCAGAGUGGCAGUGACAGAGAAAACGUCAAUUAUGGUGGCAAAAUUAUUCUUCCGCAGUCUGCAUUGGAAAAACUCUCUCAACUCAACAUUUCAUACCCUAUGCUGUUUCGAUUGAUUAAUGCAAGCAAGGGCAAGAGCAGCCAUGCUGGUGUGCUUGAAUUUGUCGCCGAAGAAGGACGCGCGUACUUUCCACAAUGGAUGAUGGAAACGUUGGAUUUGGAACCAAACGAUAUGAUAGAAAUCAAGAAUACCACAUUGCCAUUGGGUUCUUUUGUAAAAAUACAACCACAAUCGACUGAUUUUCUCGAUAUCAGUGAUCCAAAAGCAGUACUUGAAAAUGCAUUACGUAAUUUCUCCACACUGACGUUGGGUGACAUCAUUCAAAUCAAUUACAACGACAAAGUGUAUGCGAUUAGAGUAUUGGAUGUCAAACCUAAUUUUGAAGAGCAUUCAGGCAUAUCCAUUGUGGAAACUGAUUUGGAGGUUGAUUUCGCUCCACCUGUUGGUUAUGUCGAGCCCUCAGCACAAAGAGCAGCAACCCCAACAUCAACAAUGAAGAGCCAAAUGCUCAAUGAUGAAAAAUUACAGCCAAAGAAGCCGAGAUUUGCAGUAUUUGAAGGCAAAGGUCAAUCAUUGCGAGGCAAAGGAAAAGAACCUGCUCGAUCGAACAAAAAGGCAUUCGAGAACGGCAAUAAUGACAAAAUGGAUACGGAUGAGGAUGGCGAGCCACAGUUUGAUCCUAAUGAUGAUGGGCCGUUGGCGUUACCGUUUGGUCAGCUGUUCUUUGGAUUCCCUGUAGUAUUGCCAAAACCUUCAGAACAAGAGGAUGAAAAGCCGACACAUGUGUUUGCAGGCGCGGGCCAGACAUUAAGAGGAAAGAAAGGUGGCUCUUCUAAACGGGAUGGGAAACUUAGUAAGUAGUAAAGGUAGCGGGUCAAUCUUAUGUGUAUGUGUAUAUACAUAUAAUAAAGUGUUAUUAACCUG